GACUUUGUACUUUAAAACAUGUAGUUCCUAGAGUUCCGUGAAAUGAGCGAUAGUUCCUAGAUCCCAACAACAGAGCUGGGAAGCAAGUCAUAUCAAGGGAAGCAAGCAAGAAAGCAUCUGUCACCGUUUCACUAAAGUUAACAUGGACGGGGAAACAACUGCUGUCCGUGAACAGCAUAAAUUUAACCUCUCAAAUCUACAUAAAUAUUUAUCAGAUUACGUACCAGGUGUUGCAAAUAGCAACACGUUCACUGUGAGGCAAUACAGAAUUGGGCAGUCGAAUCCCACAUUUCUUGUGAUGACUUCCAGUGAGAGCUAUGUACUCCGAAAGAAACCACCCGGAAUGUUGCUUCCAGGGGCUCAUAAGGUGGACAGAGAGUAUCAGGUCCAGAAGGCCUUGUUCUCUGCUGGAUUUCCUGUGCCCAAACCCUUACUAUACUGUGCUGACAUGUCUGUCAUUGGGGCAGAAUUCUACCUGAUGGAGCAUGUGCAGGGGCGCAUUUUUCGGGACCUGAGGCUCCCUGGGCAGAGCCCGGCUGAGAGAGCUGCCCUGUACAUCGCUGCCACUGAAGUCCUGGCCAGGCUGCACUCAGCUGAUUUGGCAGCCCUGGGCCUGAGCAGCUACGGUAAAGGCGCUGGGUACUGCCAGCGGCAGGUGUCAACCUGGACAAGACAAUACAAGGCUUCUGCCCAUAAAGAAAUCCAAGCAAUGGAUAAUCUCUCUGACUGGCUGGUACAGAACCUGCCGACCAGUGACAGCCAAGUUACCCUCGUGCAUGGGGAUUUCCGAUUGGAUAAUCUUAUUUUCCAUCCCACGGAGGCUCGUGUGCUUGCGGUGCUGGACUGGGAGCUCUCCACCACAGGCCACCCCAUAGUGGAUCUGGCCUACUUCCUGAUGCCGUACUACUGGCCAAGCAGCUUCCACAUCCUGGACUCAAUGGGGGGAAUGAAAGGGCUUGAAGGCGUUCCGGCACCCGAAGACCUCAUCACCACGUACUGCCGCUGUCGACAGAUCCCUGCUUCUCUGCCUGAGUGGAAUUUCUUCCUCGCCCUUUCAGUAUUCAAAAUGGCCGCCAUCGCUCAGGGGGUCUACGCUCGCCAUCUCCUGGGAAACGCCAGCUCUCCUGAUGCUGCUUGCAUUGGCCAGAGUGUGGAGCCCUUAGCACAGACAGGACUGAACGUCGCUCAGAGGGCACGUCCCCGUGGCAGCGAGGCACUCCCGUCAGACGAGUCACAUCUCUUUCCCCAGAGCAGAAAGGGCCAGCUGGUGCUCGGCCAGGUCCGGGACUUUAUGAGCGCACACGUGCUUCCUGCCCAGCAGGAAGUAGCGGAGUACUAUGGGAAAAACGCGCAUUCGCCCCUGAGGUGGAGCACACCUCCAGUUAUUCAGGACCUGAAGAAAAAGGCCAAAGCCGCGGGGCUGUGGAACCUCUUCCUACCCUCUGUCAGUGGCCUCAGUCAGCUUGACUAUGCCCACAUCGCCGAAGAGACCGGGAAGUGCUUCUUUGCCCCUGAGAUCUUCAAUUGUCAAGCUCCUGACACUGGGAACAUGGAGGUGCUCCACAUGUAUGGCACUGAGGAGCAGAAGAAGAAGUGGCUGGAGCCUCUGCUCCAAGGGGAGAUCCGAUCCUGCUUCUGCAUGACUGAGCCAGAUGUAGCUUCCAGCGAUGCCACCAACAUGCAGUGCACCCUUCAGAAGGAAGGAGGCCAUUAUGCCAUUAACGGGAAGAAAUGGUGGAGCAGUGGAGCUGGCAACCCUGACUGUAAGGUGGCCAUUGUGCUGUGCAAGAGCGUGUCACCGAACUCCUCCCAAAGGCACAAGCAGCACAGUAUGAUUCUGGUCCCAUUAGACACACCAGGCGUGCAAAUCAUCAGACCUCUGACAGUGUUUGGGCAGGACGAUGCCAUGCACGGCGGACAUUUUGAGAUACACUUCAAUAGCGUGUGUGUGCCUCUGUCCAACAUCCUUUUAGGUGAGGGUUGCGGGUUCGAGAUCGCCCAGGGGCGGCUGGGACCCGGGCGUCUGCACCACUGCAUGAGGGCCGUGGGCCUGGCUGAGAGAGCCCUGCAGCUCCUGAGCCAACGGGCCGCAGACAGACACGCCUUCGGGAAGAAGCUGUACCAACACGAGGUAGUUGCCCACUGGAUUGCAGAGUGUCGCAUCGCCAUAGACCAGACCCGCCUGCUGACCCUCCACGCCGCCCACGCCCUUGACGUCCAGGGCAGCAGGGCCGCCAGGAAGCAGAUCGCUAUGAUUAAGGUGGUUGCUGGGAGGAUGGCCUGCAAAGUGGUGGACUGUGCCAUCCAAGUUUACGGGGGUGCUGGCGUGUCUGGGGAUUUCCCUCUUGCUCAGAUGUACGCAUAUGCGCGGACGCUGCGCCUGGCCGACGGGCCGGACGAGGUGCACCUGUCCUCCAUCGCCCACAUGGAGCUGAGGGACCAGUACAGGAAGGCCGCCGCCAAACUGUGACCCCAGAGUCCCGCCGCCCCGCCCUCUACGCAUCAUAACCCCACCCCCUACGCAUCAUAACUCCGCCUCCACGUUCACGCCCACAGAGCUGCCAUUCAGUUAGGGCAGGGCCACCGUGCAGGUUUUCAUUUCUACCCUAAGGUGGCACAUCUGAUUCUGCUAAUUAACAGCUCUACGAGAUCACUAGCUAUUGCAUCAGAUUCGCUUCAUUAGGUUUGGAGUAAAAACCGGUAGUUGUUUUUCUUUGACAAAAGCUGUUGUGAUUCUGAAAUGUCAGGUAGCCGUUUAAUCUGCUUCAGCUCAUUCAAAUAUAAUUUUUGACUGUUUUGUUUUUGAACUCACAGCAUCAAAGCUUGAAUGUGCCUUUUUGUGUGAAUUAUUUAUGAGCUAUUGAUGUUGAUAUUAAUGAAAUUAAAGGCUUUACCCGGAUGCUGGAGGACUGGCGUUAUCCAUUCAAAUAUUUGGCAUUCUGAUGGAAUUCAUUACUCUUUUCCUCAUCCAUAGAAAGCAAAUUGCCUGGCAGAAUGAAAAGCAGCUCUCCUAACAUGUCCUAUGGGACCACUAAGAAUCCCUCGGUAAAGUGUAUUAAAUUAAUUUUAUAUUGUAAUAUUUCAUUCAAAUAACGCUGACUGACAAAACAGCUACCAUUAAGCGAAGGUGAUUUAACAUGCAGAAGGCAUAUUUUUCCCUCUGCAGUUUGACAGGCUAUAGAUGAUAAAUUGCCACUUUUCAGUAUCUGAUACUUGAUAGUGUUUAUCCUGUUGAGUAUUGAUUUGAGUUGUAUUGUCUGCUUCGUGUAGCAGGCUGAUAGAUUAAAAGCUGCUUUUGUAAGCAGAGGGGCUGUUUAAGAAAGGCUCAGAGCCUGGUCAGAUGUAACCACUUCAGCCGGGUACAGAACAGUUUUAAUGGUGUUCUCUACAGGAGGCUUACUGAGUACGCUGGCAAAAUACCAAUCCAUUACAGUCAUUAAACAUACUGCAAUAUAUCUAAUAAAGAAAAUAUAAUAAUACAUUUA